UCUCUGCUGCUUUGGCUGUCAGAGCCUGGGGAGAAUCGCCCGACAGCAGCGCAGGAAAAUAACCCUCCGCUUCCAAGUGCCCUGCCAAGCACCCGAGAAGGCGCGUGCUCGGUCUCGCUCGCACGCCUGCCCUUCCCGGGGCAGAAGCUGGCUUCCAGGCAGCGGCCUCGGAUCAACGUGGUGCUGGUGCGUGGCACUCUGCAGCAUCCUAAAGGCACUCGAAGCCGCGGCAGGGCCAGCGUGGCUGCUGGUACCCUGCGGUGCCGUGAGAGGAUCCUGGGCUACGCGGAGGAGCCUUGUUACCUGUGGUUUGUCAUGGAGUUCUGCGAAGGGGGAGACCUCAACCAGUACGUGCUCUCGCGAAGACCCGACCCGGCGACGAACAAGAGCUUCAUGCUCCAGCUGACCAGCGCCAUCGCCUUCCUGCACAAGAACCACAUCGUCCACCGGGACCUGAAACCAGACAACAUCCUGAUCACCGAGAAAUCCGGCACCCCCGUUCUCAAGGUGGCCGACUUCGGGCUGAGUAAGGUCUGCGCUGGCCUGACUGCUCGGGGCAAGGAGGGCGGGCAUGAGAACAAAAAUGUGAAUGUGAACAAGUACUGGCUGUCUUCGGCUUGUGGCUCCGACUUCUACAUGGCGCCCGAGGUCUGGGAGGGACACUACACCGCCAAGGCUGACAUCUUCGCCCUCGGCAUCAUCAUCUGGGCCAUGAUUGAGAGGAUAACGUUCAUCGAUGCGGAGACCAAGAAGGAGCUGCUGGGGACCUACAUCAAGCAGGGGACUGAGAUUGUGCCCGUUGGGGAAGCGCUGCUAGAAAACCCAAAGAUGGAGCUGCACAUCCCUCAGAAACGCAGGACUUCCAUGUCUGAGGGGAUCAAGCAGCUCUUGAAAGACAUGUUGGCUGCUAACCCGCAGGAUCGACCUGAUGCCUUUGAGCUUGAAACCAGAAUGGACCAGGUUACAUGUGCUGCUUAA